CUGCCAACGUUAUCUCCGCAGUGCCGGUCGCUCGCUCGCUCGAUUCCUGUAGAUCGAAUGUUUUCCUUUCGUAGGUCUUCAGACGUUUUUCAGCUGAUCACGGGAACGUUCCUCGGCUUCUCUUUUUCUUGCUUCUUCCUUACCUGUAAACUCUGGUAGAUAGGCUCACCAUGGGGGAGAUCAGAGUAACUCGCGAUUUUUUUCUCUGGUCGAUGUCUGUGAUAUACCUGAGUGCGUUUGCUUCGUUGUAUCACCAAAUGCCUGGUCUCUAUGGCGACCGAGGCAUCCUUCCAGUCAGAAGUGUUGUGCCAGUUGACACGAACCCACGCGCCGCGCAGCAGAAAGCGCACCAGCUUCCGACUCUUCUGUGGCUGGCUCCAAACUUUGGACUCAAGGUGUCGACCAUGAUGGAAUUCCUGGGCUUGCUGGGAAUCCUCAUGUCCUUCAUUGCCACCAUCUGGUCGCGGUUCCGCGAUUGCAUCAACUUCGCCCUUCUCUGGAUCCUCUACUUUUCCCUGUACCAGGUGGGACAAACAUUCAUGUGGUUUCAGUGGGACAUCCUUCUGCUGGAGGUUGGCUUCCUGUGCAUCUUGGUGGCCCCCCUGGGCAUGUUCCAACGCACCCUGGGCCUGAGCUCUUCCUGGCGCCUCCCACACAAUCCCCACGACAAGGUCAGCGUCUGGCUGCUGCGUUGGCUCCUCUUCCGCUUCAUGUUCUCCUCGGGCGUGGUCAAGCUCACCAGCAUGUGCCCGGCCUGGUGGGGGCUCCAUGCGCUCAACGUCCACUUCGAGAGCCAGUGCAUCCCAACUCCCGUGGCGUGGUACUUCCACCACCUGCCCGAGUGGUUCCUUCGCCUGGGGGUCGUGUUCACCUACGUCGUCGAGAUUGCCGUCCCGUUCCUUUUCUUCAUGCCCGUGCGCUCCCUGAGGAUUUUCAGCUUCUACUGCCAGGUGCUCCUGCAGCUGCUCAUUCUGGUGACUGGGAACUACAACUUCUUCAACCUGCUCACCCUGGCGUUGUGUCUCUCGCUCGUGGAUGACGAAUACCUGCUGAAUGCCGUCGGACGUUCCACCUUUUACAGGAAAAGCCUGAUGCGUACCACGAGAAGGGUCCUGGCCAAAACAGCGUCUCUCCUGACCUUGUGCUGCUUGACCUUUGCCACCGUCAAGCUGUUCCAGGUGCAGUUGUAUCCCGACUGGACCUUUGGAUGCAGAAUAGCCUUCACGCCAAAACAGUUUGAGGAGUUGCUUGCCAAGACAAUGCCUGUCACCAUCUGGAUGGGUGCUGCUUCGCUGGCCGUUACGAUUCUGCUCUCGUUGCAGAGGUCUCUGUUCGAAGAACGGGCGGUGCUGAGGAAGCUGUUCUCGACGUGCGGCACGGUGCUGUGCAGCACCGCGGCCGUCUGGCUCUUCUGCGUGUCUCUGGUGCCCUUCUCUACCCUCGACUACAACCUCCACUCCAAGCUGUGGCCCGUCGUGCGGCAGUGGCACUCCAAGGUGGAGCCCUUCCACGUCGCCAGCUCGUACGGUCUUUUCCGGAGGAUGACCGGGUUGGAGGGGCGCCCCGAACUGGUGCUGGAGGGUGGUGACCAGCCGACGGGGCCCUGGAAAGAGCUGCCUUUCCUCUACAAGCCCGGCAACGUCACCCGCUCACCACCUUUCGUCGUCCCACACCAGCCCCGGCUCGACUGGCAGAUGUGGUUUGCCGCCCUUGACCGCUACGAACGCAACCCCUGGCUACUCAGCCUGGUUCACCGCAUUCUCACGGGACAAGAGCAAGUGCUUGCCCUGCUGGACCGCGAGCACUACCCGUUUGCCAAGCAGCCACCCAAAUACGUCCGAGGGCUGCUGUACACCUACAGGUUCACCCAAUUCAACGCCAAGAGCAGAGUGCCCAACGUCAACGACUGGUGGAAGAGGUCCAAACCGACAGAGUACCUGCCGCCCCUCCACAAGGAGCAACCAUUCCUCAGGCAAUUCUUGGAGAAGGCAGAGAUUCCUAUGGACUCGCCGAAGUUGCGGUCUAGGAAUGGCUUCCUCAAGCCUAUCCUUGCCAAGUCCAGGGAGCUGGCCAAUGCUAUGAGUCCCACAGUCUACGUCUGGUCGUUCAUCACGUCUGCGAUGGUCCUCAAGCUCAUCGGGACGUUGCUAUAAAAAAACAUAAUACUGGAAGGGGGAAAAAAAAAAAAAUGGGAAAUUCAAUUCAAUUCAAAGGCACUGCAUAAGGAGGAAUUCAGGAUCGAACAUAGCACAAACAUGCCAGUGGCAGCUUAUGUGAAAAAGUUUUAAUCAUGUACAAAUAUUUACUGAAGAAUUUCAACCUUGUUUACGAUCAUGAGUUACAACGGAAUUCUGAAAUUUGUGAAUUGGAUAGCUUUAUACCUACUACUUACGAUACCAACAAAUACCUAGUCAUUACAUCUGUAAACACUCACCGAAUGUCCUUGCUCAUAUUACUCAAGGCUAUGUCAACCGGGGAUUUUUUUUUCUCUUUGUUGCUAUAUUUAGAGUUUCGGGAACUUGCAUGUUGUUUUGUAAGCACCUGUUUUCUACGAGUCAUUAAAAAAAAAAUUGCAGCUAA